AUCAUUCAAAUUAUUCCUUGAACUGGAACAUGAAGUACGUGAAGCGAUUUUCAAGUUCUGUGAGGCCAAGUAUGAAGUCUGUUUAAAAAUGUUGAACAAAAUAAAACCAAUUUUACUUCUUGAUAUGUACAUUGGAUCUCACAUAAACCAGCUCUACUCUGAUAUAAGAAGCAAAGCAAUGAUUCAAUAUUUCUGUCCAUACGACUCUGCUGACUUAAGAAAAAUGGCGUUAUCUUUCAAUACUCCUUUGCCUGACUUAGAAAAUGAACUUAUGCAACUAAUUUUAGAUGGUCACAUCAAGGCUCGUAUUGACUCCAUUAAUAAAGUAAGUCUCAUUGUACUUGACUUUCAAAUAUUUAUAGUAAAAAAAUAUAUGGUUUAUACUUAAGAUGAUGCUAUCUAUGCAUUUGUGGUUUCUGUCUUACAAGCAUAGGAAAUUUCCAUUCACUAGUUUCAAUUGUGUGCUGUUAGUUUUGAUUUUACAGUGAUUUUUGA